AGAUAAUAUACAUGUGCAUUGAAAGUAUAUAAAGAUCGUAAAGAUAAAAACAAAUUACUUAAUGAGUAAACUCGCAAUACGCACCAUAAUUUUGCUCAAAUAAAGUCAUACUAAAUAUUGUUUCGUUUCAAAAAUGAUCGAAGGAUACGGAGCCGUAACACAAGCUUUGCUUGGUACUUUAUUGACGUGGGGUCUCACCGCCGCUGGUGCCGCGUGUGUCUUCUUUAUCAGAGGAAAACAUAGAAAACUACUGGAUGUGUCUCUAGGAUUUGCUGCGGGUGUGAUGACAGCCGCCUCCUACUGGUCUCUUCUGGAGCCAGCUAUUAAUAUGUGCAAAGAUUCUGAAAUCUAUGGGAAUUAUGCAUUUGCUCCCGUCGUAGCAGGAUUUAUGUUGGGAGCAGUGUUUGUUUUUGGAACAGACAAAUUUUUGGAUUACCUUGGAAUAAAUUCUACUAAUAUGAUGAUCUCGAUCACCAAAAGCAAGGAGUCCAAGUCUAAGGAGAAGCUGGAAGACCUGGAGAUGAUGGCGGCGCUGAACCGGCGGCCGUCCAACCCGACCGUGGUCACCAUGGAGACGCCCGCAGAGUUCGGCGACUGCAUCACCAACCAGCACACCGCGCAGCGCCGGAGAGGACACCAUCAGUCUAAUAACUCGCUGAAAGCGGACGUCGACGACGGUCGAGAAGCAGUCGCGCGGGCGAUGGCGGUGCGCCAGUCCCAGUGGAAACGCAUCAUGCUGCUAGUGGUGGCCAUCACCGUCCACAACAUACCCGAGGGCUUGGCCGUGGGCGUCAGCUUUGGUGCCGCUGCCUCGUCAGCCCAGGCCUCGUUUACUAGCGCCAGAAAUUUGGCGAUUGGGAUCGGUAUCCAGAAUUUCCCAGAAGGACUAGCGGUCAGCUUGCCGUUGCAGUCCGCCGGGUUUUCAGUAUGGAGAGCCUUCUGGUACGGACAGCUGUCGGGGAUGGUGGAGCCGGUGUUCGGCGUGCUGGGGGCGGUGGCGGUGGGCAUCGCGCGCCCCGCCCUGCCCUACGCGCUGGCCUUCGCUGCCGGCGCCAUGAUAUACGUCGUGGUCGAUGACAUCAUCCCGGAGGCUAACUCAUCCGGCAACGGCAAGCUGGCGACGUGGGGCUGCGUCAUCGGCUUCACGGUGAUGAUGUGUCUGGACGUGGGCCUGGGGUAACCACAACCACCACCACCACCACCACCACCGCACGGCCUUCCACCGUCAUCGGUACACUGUCUUUUGAUAUAGGUUCAUAGUGGAGACUGUACGGUUAUUUUACUUCAUGCUCGGGCUAGCAGGCGCAGGAAUUUAGAGAGGGGGAGGGAUAGUUUUUUUUUUUUAUAUGUAGCGCACUCCGCUAUGUCGAAAUUAAACAAACGUAGUAAUUAAGGGGUUCUACGAGAUUAUGUCGUCAUUGAGGUGCUAUCAGAGGUAAAAUAACUGUGAACAGUCUGUAUUCGUAUCAUAAUUACGCUGGCGUCAGUGCAAUGGUCGUGUUUUAACUUUUUAUUUAUUUUACCUAUAUUUAUUUUUAAUGAUAGU